AUGAGGUUUUUGAUUAAUUAUUGUGGCAUGCCACUCUUCUUUGGCAGAAUAGAGUUUGCCAUAGUUUCAGGGUUAAAAUGCCAUCCUCCUUCUGAGCCAGUCACUGAAUUCAUAGUAAAAAACGAACCACAGAGACGAAAGAAAGGAGGAAAAGAAGAAACAAGACAGUCAACUGAGGAGCAGGACUUGAUGUCCCUUGUUGGCACAAGCUUCAAAAAUACCGAUUUAAUAUAUUUGUUGAAUGUCGAGGAAACACCAAGGAAGCAGAAGGAGUCAUUGUGCUUACUUUGGUUUGUACAUAAUGUACUUUUGGCCAAAGAUCUCAACAACAACAUAUCCCUUAAAUGGGUGAAUUUAUCUCAGGAUAUUGAGGCUUUCAACAACUAUCCUUGGGGUCAUGAGAGCUUUGAAUUAACAGUCAAAUACUUAUUAAAACCUUUAGGACCAAAGACCAAUAACGUAUUUGUCUUUCCAUGGGCUUUCAUGGCUUGGGCAUUUGAAGUCAUUCCUCAUUUGACCCAUCAAGUAAAUGCAGAAGAAGAGAUCUCAUCUCCAAGGAUAUUGAGAUGGUUGAGAUAA